GGGGGGGAAACGGACCGGAAGUGACGUGAGAGAAUUCCGGUUGGCCGGAUCCCAGCGGCGCGUGUGAGAGUCGGUCGGGAGCCGCUUCCAGGAUCCUGAGAUCCGGAGAAGCCGGGAUCAGAGCGGCUCCUCAAGAGUUAUUGAUCUAUGAAAUGGCAGAGAAUGGAAAAAAUUGUGACCAGAGACGCGUAGCAAUGAACAAGGAACAAUAUAACGGAAACUUCACAGACCCCUCUUCAGUGAAUGAAAAGAAGAGGAGGGAUCGGGAAGAAAGGCAGAAUAUUGUCCUAUGGAGACAGCCACUCAUUACCUUGCAGUAUUUUUCUCUGGAAAUCCUAGUAAUCUUGAAGGAAUGGACCUCAAAAUUAUGGCAUCGUCAAAGCGUUGUGGUGUCUUUUUUACUGCUGCUUGCUGUGCUUAUAGCUACGUAUUAUGUUGAAGGAGCACAUCAACAGUAUGUGCAACGUAUAGAGAAACAGUUUCUUUUGUAUGCCUACUGGAUAGGCUUAGGAAUUUUGUCUUCUGUUGGGCUUGGAACAGGGCUGCACACCUUUCUGCUUUAUCUGGGUCCACAUAUAGCUUCAGUUACAUUAGCUGCUUAUGAAUGCAAUUCAGUUAAUUUCCCUGAACCACCCUAUCCGGAUCAGAUUAUUUGUCCAGAUGAAGAGGGCAUUGAAGGAACCAUUUCUUUGUGGAGCAUCAUCUCAAAAGUUAGGAUUGAGGCCUGCAUGUGGGGUAUUGGUACAGCCAUCGGAGAGCUGCCUCCAUAUUUCAUGGCUAGGGCAGCUCGCCUCUCAGGUGCUGAACCAGAUGAUGAAGAGUAUCAGGAAUUCGAAGAGAUGCUGGAACAUGCAGAGACUGCACAGGACUUUGCCUCCCGGGCUAAACUAGCAGUUCAAAACCUAGUACAGAAGGUUGGAUUUUUUGGAAUUUUGGCCUGUGCUUCAAUUCCAAAUCCUCUGUUUGAUCUGGCUGGAAUAACAUGUGGACACUUUCUUGUACCUUUUUGGACUUUCUUUGGUGCAACCCUGAUUGGAAAAGCAAUAAUUAAAAUGCAUAUCCAGAAAAUCUUCGUUAUAAUAACAUUCAGCAAACACAUAGUGGAGCAGAUGGUGGCCUUCAUUGGUGCUGUCCCCGGCAUAGGUCCAUCUCUGCAGAAGCCAUUCCAAGAAUACCUGGAGGCCCAGCGGCAGAAGCUUCACCACAGAAGCGAAAUGGGCACACCACAGGGAGGAAACUGGUUGUCCUGGAUGUUUGAGAAGUUGGUCGUUGUAAUGGUGUGUUACUUCAUCCUGUCCAUCAUUAACUCCAUGGCACAAAGUUAUGCCAAACGAAUCCAGCAGCGGGUGAACUCAGAGGAGAAAACUAAAUAAGCAGAAAAAGGUUUUAACGGCAGAAAUUAGAAUGGAUGGGUUCUGCCUUAAAUUGGGAGGACUCCAGGUCAGGAAGGAAAAUUCCCUUUUCCAACCUGUAUCAAUUUAAAAUUUUUUUUUUUCUUGAAAGCAGUUUAGUCCCUAUUUUGCACGGACAUACUUUUCCUUUGUGUGUUAAGGUAAGGUGUCCACCCUCAAUUGGUGGAAUGUGAUGUUCAGCAGCAGACUUGACAGAAACUGGCCUUCUAUUUGUUACUUUCAAAAGGCCCACAUGGUACAAUUAAAGAAUUCCGAACACCAAAAAAAAAGUUCCUAAGUAUGUUAAAUAUGUCAAGCUUUUCAGGCUUGUCGCAAAUGACUGUUUUGUUUUUCUAAGUCAUCAAAAUGUAUAUAAAUUAUACUAGAUUGGAUAACAGUCUUGCAUGUCUAUCAUGGUAAAAUUUAAUAGGCCAUCCUGCCCAGCCCUUACUCUCCCACCUUCAAAACAAGGCCAUUUUAUGAUGCAUUACACAUCCUCUUUGGAAGCUGAUCUUUAAAUUUCGAGACAGUAUAAGGAAAACUGGUUGGUGUCUCAUGAAUGAGCUGACACCAUUUUUUAUUCUGUAUAUUUAGAAUGAAGUCAUGAAAAACCUUUAUAAAUACAUCUUGAUCAUUCCAAAAUUGUGUCCGUUUUCUUGAGCGUUUUGAUUUUUUACUUUCUUUUAGCUUCUACCAACUAAUGGCAGCCUUGUCAAAUCCACCUCCAGCCGUAAUUCCUUAAGCCUUCAUUUAUUUGCAUGAAAGAGCCACCACCAAGGCAUUGUUUCGUUAGGCUGGAACUGGGCAGCUAAUUACCCACUGCUGAAAUGGCACCUUAGGGACUGGCAUAGCGAGGGGAUUUCUUGCUUGUGAAAACAGGAGAAAUGAUAGUAUACAAAUCAAAGGACACUGAAGAGAGAAAUAACUUUUUUUAAAACUGCACUGUCUGAUAUCUGUGAUAAUUUUAGCUCAGCUACGUGUACUCUGGUUUUAAUAGACAGAAAUUGACUUGUAUAUGUAACCUAAUUUUCUCUCCUUCUAGUAAGUGUUUUGUUCUUAUGUGAUUUUUCCUUUGGGAUGUUUCUGGUUGAACUUGGUUGUUUUGUUUUGCUUAGGAGGAAAAUCAACAAUUUCACUUUUUUCCCUUAGGAAAAUUGGUACUGACAUUACAUUGAGAGUAGAAUUGGGUUUAAAUCUCAACAGGCCAGAAACACCUGAUUUGUUUCAUCAAAUCCUGCCUAAAUGUCUGCUUGUUUUGCCUACCGUCGUGACAUCUCCAUGGCUGUACCACCUUGUCGGGUAGCUUAUCAGACUGAUGUUGACUGUUGAAUCUCAUGGCAACAGCAGUCGAUGGGCUGUCUGACAUUUUGGUAUCUUUCAUCUGACCAUCCAUAUCAAAUAUUCCCAUUCAAACAUUACCCAGCAUCAUGGUUUAUGAUCAGAAACUCGGGUCCUUAUGUCUAGAAGCACUGAAUCUUUUAUGCCAUGAUAUUGCAGCAGUAUCAAGAAGAUUUUAUGGAAAAUUGGGAUAGUCACCAUGACCACAGCUAAAUAAAUGAAGGACAAGCAACCUGCCUUGGGGUUGAAAAGGUUAUUACUUCUUAACAAUCUUUUUUUUUCCCGUCCAGGGACUCUCUGACAGUUAUGACUAUUACCUUACUUGAAAAGCAGUACCCAAAUGCUUUAAUUUAAAUAGAUUCACAUCAACCGACAAUUUUUUAGAUUCUUUAGGGUUAGCCUGAGUUUCUAAGUCAGCUUCCAGCCAUGUUUCAUCUCCUUCACCUGCAUUUUAUUUGGUGUUUGUCUGAAGAAAGGAAAGAGGAAAGCAAAUAUGAAUUGUACUAUUUGUACUAAAUCUUUCAGAUUUAUUGGUAAAUUUAUUUCAAGGUAGGGUAUUAGAAAAAGAAAAACUUUGUUUCUUAGGCUGAAGGUCUCAAUGAAUAAUACAUUUGACUUACGAUCACAGUUUGUUCACUCCUUCAAAUGAAUUUACUUUGAAAACAAAGAGCAGCUCUCCUUUCCUCCACUGAGCAGAUGAUCCUGCUGGAUUCCUGCUGGAGCAGUAUGCUACCCUUCUGUUCCAGUGGUUGGUUUGUUCCUUUCCUGUAUCCACCAAAGUGGACAUAAACAGCUACAUGAUCCCAAAAACAUACCCAGUUAAUUCCAGCUGACGGGAGACCAGAAAAUGUGUAAAUGGAUGGUUUGAUAUUACUGCAAAUAAAAAAAGGGCCUGGGAAUUCUGAUUGCA